GUUUCCUGAAAACAACAAUUUUCCGAAUUUUACCCCCUAUACGACAUCGUUUACAGUGUCUUCAACCUACAACCUCACUUGAACAAAAACCCCUAAUUUGACCUCUCUGAGAUUUGCACUCUUCUAUCAGGUCCUUUUUUUUUUUAAGAUCAACGACUGAUAUCAGUCUAAUACAUUGUUGGAGAAUGACGACGAUAGGAGGAUUGUUAAUGGGGAUUGGAAGAUCAUUCAGAAGAAAGAGAGCUUCUUCUCUUGAUAUCCUCUCCCCAAAACGAGCUCCUAGAGACUUCUACAAGGGCAAAAACUGCAAACCUACUGGUUUCCACACGAGAAAAGGAGGAUAUGUUGUGCAGCCAGAUAAGUUACCGAAUUACGUAGUCCCUGAUCUCACCGGCUUUAAGCUGAAGCCAUAUGUAUCUCAGUGCCCUCUACAAGUCAACACAAACGAGUCAACUGAAGCUUCCAAGUGAAAAAUAGUCAAUCAGGAGAAAUAUGUUUUUAAGUCUUCUUCAUAAAGCUUUAAGUUAGGACUCUGUUCUUCUAUUGUCCGUAAUCCUUUUGUGCUAUUCUUAAAAUGGGAGAUUUGAUUUGAUAUUUUCACGAAACGACAUGCAAAGUAAUUGGUAACAUGUUUAUGCAGUGGAAUAUAUAUUCACUUCAUAAAUUGGAUGUUCACAUAGUAAUAUAGCUUGAUACAAGAAAACAUUAUGCGUUAUGCAAUACUUAGCAAAAU